UUGCUGUACUUUGGAGUGGUGCAUUUGUCAUUGCUGGACUGCUCUGGUUUAUAUGUCAAAUCAGACAGACAACUGACAACAACAAAAUGACCCGAGUUUGUUUACUGGUUUUCAGUGCUGGUUUAUGGCUGGAGAUGUUUGGGCUGGGUGCUGAGAUCCCAGAGAAAAACAUGGGAGCUGUAUUUGUGUCCCAGCAGACAGCACACACGGUGCUGCGUCGCCAGCGCAGGUUCAACACCGGCAUUGAAGAAAUCGUUAAAAAAGAUAACCUGGAGCGAGAAUGUAUUGAGGAAAUCUGCUCAAUGGAGGAGGCCAGGGAGGUGUUUGAGAAUGAUGAAAGAACUAUGGAAUUCUGGGUCAGCUACGCUGAUGGCGACCAAUGUAAACCAUCACCCUGCCAAAAUGGAGGUGACUGUGAAGACGGGAUGAGUUCUUAUGUUUGCUGGUGUAAACCAAACUUCAGCGGCAAGAACUGUGAGAUAGAACUGACCAAGCAGUGCUCAGUCAACAACGGUAGAUGCUCACACAUCUGUGUGAUGCGUGGACAGCAAGCUGUGUGUCUUUGUGCUGAUGGUUAUAGACUUGGAGCAGACAAGAAGAGCUGUGAACCAACAGUGCAGUUCAGCUGUGGUGUUGUGAGCGGGCCCUCCAGCUUCACCCCAGGGAGGUCCAUCUUAACACCAAGAUCAUCAAACACAGCAAGCUCCUCUUCAUCAACACAAAACGUCACCCAGCUGGAUGACUACUAUGAUGACAACAUAACACUGUCGUAUGAUUAUUACGAUCUUUCCAUGAAUGUGACGGACCUGCCUGACAUCUCUCUGGAUUCGGCAGUAGAUGCAGAUUCAGUGAAACUGGAGUUAGCUCCCUCUGUGAGUCCAACUGAGGCUGAGGCUGAGGCAAGCCCUACCACAGGGAAGAGAAAACUGCUCUCAUGGGCUUUCCCUACACUGCCCACCGUCACAGCUGAGAAGAACAGCGACAAGAGGGUUGUGGGAGGAGAUGAAGCCCUUGCUGGAGAGAUACCGUGGCAGGUGUUACUGUUGUAUCAUUCAGCCACUGUUACGAAAGGGCAACCGUUCUGUGGAGGCUCUCUGGUCAGUGAAUUAUGGGUUGUCACCGCAGCCCAUUGUGUGGAGCAUGCCAGAAUCAAUAAAAAAACUUUCUUCACCAGAGUAGGUGAACAUGAUGUGAAUGUAGAUGAGGGUCCAGAGAGAGACCAUGAGGUGGCAGAAAAGCAUCUCUACCCCUUAUAUGCUUUUGAACAGUCACCGUAUAACCAUGAUAUUGCACUACUGAAACUAUCCAGUCCUGUGGAACUUUCCAACCAGAGGCGUCCCAUCUGCCUGGGCCCAAAAGACUUUAUACAGAACCUUCUGAGGGAGUCCACAAGCUCCAUGGUGAGUGGCUGGGGGAGGCUAAAGUUCCAGGGCCCCCAGGCCUCCAAGCUUCAAAAACUGGCAAUCCCCCGUGUGGACCGUACACUGUGUAAACAGAGCAGCCAGGACCACAUCACACGUUUUAUGUUCUGUGCUGGAUACAGCAAUGAACAGAGGGAUUCAUGCCAGGGGGAUAGUGGUGGGCCGCAUGCAACUAAUUACAAAGGCACUUGGUUUCUGACAGGCAUCAUCAGCUGGGGGGAAGGCUGCGCUAUGGAGGGAAAGUAUGGCAUUUACACUCGGAUCUCGCGGUACUACCCAUGGAUCAGUCAGAAAACAGGGAUUGGACUGAGCAACUGAUAAAUGUGGUGAUGACACAACUGCAUUCGCAACAGGCGGCAGAAUCUGUUGUGUUUGCUGCUGAGUUUGACAGCCGAGGAGGAUUUUAAUUC